AUUGUGAAUUUUUCCCACAUUUUGAGAUUCAUACGAGCACAUGUGAGGCAUCAGAAAAAUGUAUAUCAAACGUAGUGCUCUAACGUGGUGUGUAUCACGUGAUGAUGUGUCGAGUGGCUGUAGUAUCCCUAAAAUAAAACUUCCUAAAUGUGUGCGUAUUAUUGGGUCAGCAGAAACCAGUAUUUUUGGACAGCUGUCAUUAUCGUAGUAGACAAAGACGCUGAAGAGGACGACGCAAGGAAAUCGAGACAAUAAUCAUAAACAGAAGAGAUGAGAAGCGACGUCGGGACGAUAUUCACCAUCAACGUGAGCAGCACGACAAGGAGAUGGCUAUUGUCGCUACUGGUGCUUUGUGCUACGUGGCUCUUAGAUGCAGUGGAGGCUCUGAUGAUGACGAACCUGAAGAUACCCACGCACGUAGUGCAAAACCAAACUGUGCGGAUGGAGUGCGAAUUCGACUUGGACGGGGAGCCCCUGUACUCGGUCAAGUGGUACAAGGACGGCAACGAGUUUUAUCGCUACGUGCCAAACGAGCGACCCGACGUCCACGUCUUUUCCCUUCCUGGCGUUAACGUUGACAAGCACAGCUCCUCGGAACGAUCGGUCGCCAUCCACCGAGUAAACCUCGACAGCAGUGGCCGGUACAGGUGUGAGGUAUCCGGCGAAGCGCCUGCCUUCGACACUAUUUCGGACCACAGCGAUUUGGUCGUAGUCGUGCUGCCGAAGGACGGGCCGAUAAUCAGCGGAGGCAAGUCGAAGUACCAGCUAGGCGACCUGGUGCGCAUGAACUGCACGUCAGCCCCGUCGAAGCCACACGCCACCCUGACGUGGUAUAUCAACAACAUCGAGGUCACGGAUAACAAGACGAUUGGUCCCCGCAGCCACCGAAUGGACAAGAAUGGCCUGGAAAUCGAAAAACUUGGUCUAAAGUUCGAGGUAAAGCCAAGCCACUUCCUGCACGGUGACAUCCACUUCAAGUGCAUCGCCACCAUACCACUGGUGUACAAGCGCGUCGAGGAGCAUCGGGUCAUCGGCGACAGUAGCUUCUUCAAACAGCCACUGGAGAGCCGGGAGACACGAGCUCAGAGCCACGUGAGGAACGACAACAACGCAGAAUCCCAAGCGUGCAUCUCAGCUGCAACGACCUUUAUUUGUACUCUGUCGAUACUCGUUGUCAGUAUUUCCGCACGAUAAUGUGAAAAAAGACGAAAAGACGAAAAGGAAAGAAGAAUGUUUAGCCAAAAGAUGACGAGAAGGGCAGCGCUCCUGUUGCUGCCAUUUUAUACGUGUUAUAUAUGCCUGCAUUCUGUGACAUGAUAAGACUCUGUGUACUAGUGGUAUUGGGCGUACUGAGAACGUCAGUUGUACAAAAAGAAUCACGAAGAAAAAUGAAAAAAAGACUUUCUUUAUAGAAAAAUUGCUGUAUACUUGAAUAGCGUCAAAAGAUUGCAUUAGAUUCACUGUGAAAGCUACUGUAAAUCUUAACUCAUUGCACGCUUAUGCAUGUAUAUACGUAUAUCCUGGAGACAUCAUGUACAAAUCAUGUAUAUAUAUUAUGCUGUACAAAAUAUAAGUGGUUUACAACUCGUA